AUGAGUGACCAGGCAGCUAAGAAAAGCAAGCCUAUGCCGCCGCUGGGAGCGUUUGCCAAGAAACUUGACUCUCAGGUCGAUCGCGUCGAAUCUGGGGCUUCGAAGGCUGAACAAAAGAGGGCGCAGGAGCAGCACGAAGGGAACACAACAAAGGAAUACGGCUUAGGCGCAAAAGUAAAGCCCAUGCCGAAGAAGGCGCGUGCCAAGGUGUCGGGGACCCAUUCCAAACGGGUCGAGUCCUUACUCCAGCAAUACGAAGAAGAUAUGGCGGAAAAAGAAAAAGGAGAUUCAACAGAGUACUCUAGCCUAGGCGACGGAGGCAAGCGUUUGCCGAGGAAGAGAGAUUUCCAAGAGUCGAAGCUUUCCCAUCCUGAUGAAUAUGAAUCCGAGUCUUGGGGGGUCGAGGGAAGCGGGAAGAAUCUAGAGAGACCUGGCGGAACUGGCGGCCAGCUGGGCGCCAAAGUCACGAGUAGUAGACCAAGGAGAACGCCCGCUAGUAAGCCAGAUUCCCAAGUCGGUAGCGGCAAGGUACGUAGCGAGGGUGCGGUCAUGGGUGCUCAGCGGCCUAGGACAGGCAAUACGGGCAAUUCGCAAGAACCGACUGAGUCCUGGGCAUCAAGAAAUGAGGGCGAUGGUUUUGAAUCUUUCGAGCAGUGGGACUUAGGCGAUGAUGAUUAA